UCGUUUGAAGUUUCCAACAGCACAUGAAGGUCUCAUCGGUCACGUGAAAAAUCAUAAGACGGAAGUGCAGCUGAGCUACAACCCUGCUACAACCUGUAAAAACAGAAGAAUAAGAAUAAGAAUAAGAAUAAGAAUAAGAAUGACCACUGCGGCUCUGACUGCGGGUCUGGAGCGGAUCCCGGAUCAGCUCGGGUACCUGGUCAUCAGUGAGGACGGGGUCCUGGCUUCUGCAGGUGAGCUGGAGAAUGAUGAACACACAGCUGGUGUGAUGAUGGAGAUGGUUCGAACAGCGAGUCGUUUCAGGUUACCUGGAUCAGCUGAUCCGCCCUUCAAACGCAUGUCAGUGAUCCUGGAGGACUUCGUUUACACGGUGACAGUUUCUGGUCAAAAGGUUUUUGUGGUCAAACGUCAGAACAACCAGCAGGAGCCAAUCAGCGUCUGAAUAACAAAAUGAUGGUGAUGAAGGUCAGAGGUCAACACUGUGACAUUACAGUGACCUCCAGCUGAUUUCUGAUGUUUAUUGUUUUUGUUUGUGUGAAUAAAAUGAUUUUUGAUCUUU